CUCAAAUGGCUGGAUGUGCUAAUGCUCCGACACAGCGAAGGGAAGAUAGAAUGGAGGCGGAUAGCGAAAUGGGGUCAAGUGCUACUCCAAGAUGGCUGCUGCUUCUUAUGACCAGCUGCUGAAGCAAGUGGAGGCACUGAAGAUGGAGAACUCCAACCUGCGGCAGGAGCUGGAGGACAACUCCAACCACCUGACCAAACUCGAGACGGAGGCCUCCAACAUGAAGGAGGUGCUGAAGCAGCUGAAGGGGAGCAUAGAGGAGGAGUCCAUAGGGUCCUCCGGACAGAAUGACCUGCUGGAGCGACUGAAAGAAAUGAAUCUGGAUGCCGGUAACUUCCCCGGAGUGAAGAUGAGACCCAAGGUUCCCAUGCAUCCGUACGGCAGCCGGGAGGGUUCGGCGUCCGGGCGGUCGGGGGACAGCAGCCCCGUCGCGAUUGGCUCCUUCCCCAGGAGGGGGCUGGCGAAUGGAGGCAGUGAGAGUGCAGGCUACCUGGAGGAGCUGGAGAAGGAGAGGGCUUUGCUGAUGGCCGAGCUGGAAAAGGAGGAGAAGGAGAAGGACUGGUACUACGCACAGCUCCAGAACCUCACCAAAAGGAUCGACAGCCUUCCCCUCACAGAGAACUUCUCUCUGCAGACAGACAUGACGCGCAGGCAGCUGGACUACGAGGCGCGGCAGAUCAGAGCCGCCAUGGAGGAGCAGCUGGGCACCUGCCAGGACAUGGAGAAGAGGGCACAGGCAAGAGUGGCUAGAAUUCAGCAGAUUGAGAAGGACAUGCUACGGAUCAGACAGUCCCAGCCACCAGAACUGGAGAAGGCGUCACAGAGCAAGCAUGAGUCGGCCGUCCGCGAUUGCGAGAGGCAGAGUGAGGCAUCCUGCGACGCUGGCAUGGCCGGCUCGGGGUGUGGUCAGAGUUCAAGUGCUCGAAUGGACCAUGAAGGCACCAAUGAUAUGAGCUGUAGUGGUAGUUACUCUGUCCCACGCAGACUGACAAGUCACCUGGGUACCAAGGUAACCGAAGAUUCCAAGCCCCAGGUGGAAAUGGUAUAUUCCCUCCUUUCCAUGCUGGGAACCCAUGACAAAGACGACAUGUCCCGCACCCUGCUGGCCAUGUCCAGCUCCCAGGACAGCUGCAUCGCCAUGCGCCAGUCCGGCUGCCUGCCCCUGCUCAUCCAGCUGCUGCACGGCAACGACAAGGACUCCGUGCUGCUGGGAAACUCCCGGGGCAGCAAGGAAGCCCGGGCCAGAGCCAGCGCUGCCCUCCACAACAUCAUCCACUCGCAGCCCGACGACAAGCGCGGGCGCAGGGAGAUCCGCGUGCUGCACCUGCUGGAGCAGAUCCGGGCUUACUGCGAGACCUGCUGGGAGUGGCAGACGGCCCACGAGCAGGGCGUGGACCAGGACACAAACCCCAUGCCCUCUCCUGUGGAGCAUCAGAUCUGCCCAGCGGUGUGUGUGCUCAUGAAGCUCUCCUUCGAUGAGGAGCACAGACAUGCCAUGAAUGAACUAGGUGGACUGCAGGCCAUCGGAGAGCUGUUGCAGGUAGACUGCGAGAUGUACGGGCUCACCAGCGAUCACUAUAGCAUAACUCUAAGGCGAUAUGCAGGAAUGGCACUUACAAACUUGACAUUCGGAGACGUGGCCAAUAAGUCCACCCUGUGUUCCAUGAAAGGCUGCAUGAGGGCAAUGGUGGCCCAGCUGAAAUCAGAAAGCGAAGAUUUGCAGCAGGUGAUUGCCAGCGUUCUGAGAAACUUGUCCUGGCGGGCUGAUGUUAACAGUAAACAGACACUGCGUGAAGUUGGCAGUGUGAAGGCGCUUAUGGAAUGUGCCCUGGAUGUGCAGAAGGAGUCAACCCUGAAGAGUGUCCUUAGUGCCCUUUGGAACUUGUCUGCACACUGCACUGAGAACAAAGCUGACAUAUGUACUGUAGACGGGGCUUUGGCCUUCUUAGUCAGCACUCUAACCUACCGAAGCCAAACUAACACCCUGGCUAUCAUUGAAAGUGGAGGAGGAAUCUUAAGAAAUGUGUCUAGUCUCAUUGCUACAAAUGAAGAUCAUAGGCAAAUACUGAGAGAAAAUAACUGCCUCCAGACUCUUCUUCAACAUCUGAAGUCUCACAGCUUGACAAUUGUAAGCAAUGCAUGUGGAACUCUCUGGAACCUUUCUGCGCGAAAUGUAAAGGACCAGGAAACCUUGUGGGACAUGGGGGCUGUCAGCAUGUUGAAGAACCUCAUUCACUCAAAGCACAAAAUGAUUGCAAUGGGUAGUGCUGCAGCUUUAAGGAACCUAAUGGCCAACAGACCUGCUAAAUACAAGGAUGCCAACAUCAUGUCCCCAGGAUCCAGCUUGCCAUCUCUCCAUGUGAGAAAACAGAAAGCUUUAAUUGAGGAGCUGGACUCGCAGCAUCUCUCAGAGACAUUUGACAACAUUGACAAUUUGAGCCCAAAAGCCUCUCACAAGGGCAAACCAAAACACAAGCAAAGUGCAUACAGCGAGUGCGUCCUGGAGUCUGGACGUCACGGCAGUGAUGGUGUUUGUAGGGCAGACAAUUUUAAUCCCAGCAACGUGCCAGUUCUGUCUCCAUACAUGAACACUCCCGUCCUGCCUGGGUCAUCAUCCAGGGAGAGCAGAGGGAGUUCGGACAGUUCCAGGGCUGAGAGGGAUCCGAGCCUCGACAGAGAGAGGAUGGGUGGUGGACCUUCGGAUAAGUCAUCCAAGAGAGUGGGAGUGCAGAUGUCUUCGACAACUGCACAUAUUGCCAAGGUUAUGGAAGAAGUGCAGAAUGUGUACGUAGGCCAGGAUGACAGAAGUGCUGGCACUACACCAGACAUGCAUUGCAUGCAAGAUGAUAUGAGUGGCGUGAGGCGUUCAUCUGCCAUGCAUGCACCUUCAAAUGUGUAUAGUUUUAACAAAUCAGAACCCUCUAAUAGAACGUGCCCUAUGCCAAAAAUAGAAUAUAGGGCAUCCAGUGAUAGUCUGAAUAGUGUUGGCAGCAGUGAUGGCUAUGGAAAAAGGGGGCAAAUGAAGCCAUCAAUUGACUCUUAUUCUGAAGAUGAAGGGAAAUGUUGCAUCUAUGGAAAAUAUCCAGCAGAUCUUGCCCACAAGAUACACAGUGCCAAUCAUAUGGAAGACAAUGAUGGAGAUCUGGAUACUCCCAUAAAUUACAGCCUGAAGUAUUCAGAUGAGCAGUUGAACUCGGGUAGGCAAAGUCCCAGCCAAAAUGAAAGGUGGGCAAGACCUAAACAUCUUGAAGGUGACUUGAAAAUGAGUGAUCAACAGCCUGUACAAAGCACAGGUUACCUUAUGUAUUCAGAAAGCAAUAGUGACAGUGAAGAAAAAUCCAUUCAAUACCAGCCUAGAUUUGUACAGCCAGAAUGUUCUGGUGGUUUCAAGUCAAGGAGCUCGAAUAGUUCAGAGCAGAGUAGAGGAAGUUCCAGUCACGGAGUGAACACAAAGAUCAACCAGACCAUUUGCACUAUUGAUGAUUAUGAGGAUGACAAGCCAACCAAUUACAGUGAGAGGUAUUCAGAGGAGGAACAGCAAGAUGAGGACCAGACAACUAAUUAUAGCAUGAAGUACAGUGAGGAUCACAUAGAACAACCAAUUGAUUACAGCUUAAAGUACUCUGAAACACAUUCUUCUCAAAAGGUCAUGUUCAGCCAUUCAAAGUCAUCUUCUGCUCAAAGCUCUGCCAAGGACCACCUGAACCAGGGCAGUGGGACAUCCUCAUUCAGGAAUUCUUCCAGGCAAAAACAGUUACAUCCCUCUUCAGCUCAAACACAGCCUGGGCCAACACGUGCAAACCAAAAGUCUUCAACAUGUAAAGCUUCCACCAUUAACCAAGAAACUUUACAGACUUACUGUGUUGAGGACACGCCGAUCUGUUUUUCCAGAGGUAGUUCUCUGUCGUCGUUGUCAUCUGCAGAGGAUGAAAUGGAAGCUCGGGAACAGUCUUCAAAUGUUGUUAGUAGCUACCCAACUCUGCCUGUUGCUGACAAGGAGGGCAGUGGUGCUGUAGGUGCAGUCCAGUCCUCAACAGAUGGCCAGUCAGCUUCACAACAUGUACGGCUGAAACCUCACAGACAUCAGGGCAUGUCGGAUGGAUCAAAACAUAAAGCUGUUGAAUUUUCAUCUGGUGCCAAAUCUCCAUCCAAAAGUGGUGCCCAGACUCCAAAAAGCCCUCCAGAACAUUAUGUGCAAGAGACACCAUUGAUGUUCAGCAGGUGUACAUCUGUGAGCUCUCUGGACAGCUUUGAGAGUCACUCAAUUGCAAGUUCAGUACAAAGUGAACCUCCUAGUGGUAUGGUUAGUGGAAUCAUUAGUCCAAGCGAUCUACCAGACAGUCCGGGGCAAACAAUGCCUCCCAGUCGAAGCAAAACACCACCUCCACAACAUCCAACCCAAAUGAAACACAAAGUGAAAGUGGCACCUCGGACCGAAAAGAGGGAUUUGGCUCCUAGACGUGCAGCUGUGAAUUCUGCUGUCCAAAAAGUCCAAGAAGUUCCAGACAAUGACACACUGUUGCAUUUUGCAACAGAAAGUACACCUGAGGGAUUCUCUUGUGCCUCGAGUCUGAGUGCAUUGAGCCUAGAUGAGCCCUUCAUUCCAAAAGACACUGAACUGAGAAUUAUGCCUCCAGUUCAUGAGGAUGAUCAUGGAAAUGAUGAUGAGCCUAGGAAUGAUGACACAAAGGGAGCCAGUAACCAAGAAAAGACAGAGGUAUACUGUGAACCAGAAAAAGACAUACUUGGUGAUUCUGAUGAUGAUGAUAUUGAAAUACUGGAAGCUUGCAUAAACUCAGCCAUGCCUACAAAGUCCUCUAGAAAACCAAAAAAGCCAUCACCUUCAACCACUUCGAGAAUACCUCCGCCAGUAGCUCAUAAGCCAAGUCAGCUGCCUGUAUAUAAGUUGCUUCCUUCACAAAAUCGAGGGCAGCAACAGAAGCAUGUAAGCUUUACACAUGGGGAAGACAUGCCAAGAGUAUAUUGUGUUGAGGGAACCCCCAUUAAUUUUUCAACAGCAACAUCUCUUAGUGACCUUACAAUAGAAUCUCCUCCAAAUGAGUUUUUAAAUCCUGAAAGCUGUGUACCUGGUGCAGGAUCCUCCUCAAUUCAAAGAGACACAAUUCCAGAGGGGAGAAGCACAGAGGCAAAUGAUGCAAGCCAAAGUUCCUCUACGUGCACAUUUGCGGUAGAUGAGAAAAACGAAGAAGGGGAGGAUAUUCUUGCUGAGUGCAUCAGUUCUGCGAUGCCAAAAGGUAAAAGUCAUAAUGCUUUCAGAGUGAAGAAAGUUAUUGAUCAGGUGCAGCAUCCAUCUACAGCUGCUGGUGGUCCAGUCAAACAAGACAUGGCAAAGAAACCCACUUCCCCAGUAAAGCCAAUGCCACAAAGCAGUGAGUAUAGAGCGAGGAUAAAAUGUGUAGAGCCUACAAGCAGUUUUGCACCUGAGGCAUCAUAUCCUGGUAAAAAUAAGGAUGCUGGUAGUCAAGAAACAAAAUCAAAUUCCAGAGAGUUUCACAAGAAACCUCCUACCACUGAUGACAGAGUUCGCCCAGGCUUUUCUUUUGACUCACCUCACCAUUAUACUCCAAUAGAGGGAACCCCCUAUUGCUUUUCACGUAAUGACUCCUUGAGUUCAUUAGACUUUGAAGAUGAUGAUCUCGAUUUAUCAAAAGAGAAAGAUGAACUCAGAAGAGAGAAAGAACACAGAAAAGAGGGAGAAGAAAAUCCCAGUGAGCCGUGCUCAGGCCACGCUUCUGUAAACAGGGCACAGAUGUUCCAGAGGGACCGCACAAAAUCUCUACAAAAGCAAGUGACUUUGGCAGAGGCAUCCAAGGAGAAUACUGGGCCAGUACCAGAUGAGAAGCAGAACUUUGCUAUUGAAGAUACACCAGUGUGUUUUUCAAGAAACUCAUCCCUUAGUUCACUCAGUGACAUUGACCAAGAGAAUAACAACAAAAGCUCACAUGAGAAGGAGAAAGCAACCACUCCGGCCACAGAGGCAUGCAGACCUCAAGCCUCCGGUUAUGCUCCAAAGGCCUUUCAUGUUGAAGAUACACCUGUGUGCUUUUCAAGAAAUAGUUCACUUAGCUCUCUUAGCAUUGACUCUGAAGAUGAUCUUUUGCAAGAAUGCAUCAGUUCUGCCAUGCCAAAAAAGAAAAAACAGCAGCCUAAAAAUAAGGGAGAUGACCAUGAAAUGAAUGAUGUCAAAUGUAUGGGUGGAAUUUUAUCAGAAGAGUUAGAUCUAACACUGGACAUCCCAGAUAUACAAAGCCCUAUUUCAGAGCAAGCUCUUUCACCAGAUUCUGAAUCAUUUGAUUGGAAGGCUAUUCAAGAAGGUGCCAACUCAAUAGUGAGCAGUUUAAAUCAAGCAGCUGCUAGCCUGUCCAGGCAAGCCUCCUCUGAUUCUGAUUCAAUUCUCUCUCUCAAGUCUGGUAUCUCAAUAGGAUCUCCAUUUCAUUUGAUGGCAGAUCCAGAGGAAAAACCAGUUGCUUCCAGCAAAGGGCCAAGAAUAUUAAAACCAGGGGAAAAAAGCACUUUAGAAUCAAAAAAGAGAGAAGAUGAGAUGAGUGUCAAAAGCCUCAAAGGAGGAAAGAAAGUUUACAAAAGUCUCAUAACUGGGAAGCCACGGCCAAGUACUGAAAAUGUGACUUCACAGCAGAGGCAAAUGCCAGUUUCCAUGAUGUCACGUGGAAGGACAGUGAUUCAUGUUCCUGGUGUGAGAAGCAGUUCACCCAGUACCAGUCCAGUAACAAAUAAAAUGGCACCUAAAGGAGCCCCCUCCAAAACACCUAUGCAAGGGCAAAGCUACGGUAACCCGCCACGAAAUGUGAAACCACCUCUUAAAUCAGAUUCUUGCCCUGCUAGUAGGCAGCCAUGCUCCCAAGAAGGAUCAAGCAAGACCUCUGCUCAGUCAAGAGAGACAACUCCCUCAAGACCAGGUCAGCAGUCUUUGACUAGACCUGUGCAAUCACCUGCCCGUACCUCUGUUUCACCUGGAAGAAAUGGCAUUAGUCCUUCCAACAAAUUAUCUCAAAUACCCCGUGCAGUGUCCCCAAGCACAACCACAAGCAAGUCACCAAUUGCUGGCAGAAUGACGUAUUCCUCUUCUGGUAGACACUUAGGUCAUCAGACUCCAACUAAGCAAAGUGGUUUGCCAAGAAGUAGCAGUGGGAUUCCUAGGAGUGAGUCAGCUUCAAAAAGUCUGAACCAGUCUGGGGCUACAGGCUGUGGAAAAAAGGUGGAAUUGUCAAGGAUGUCAUCCACCAAGUCCAGUGGGAGUGAGUCUGAUAGAUCAGAGAAACCAGUCUUGGUUCGCCAGUCAACCUUCAUUAAAGAAGCCCCUAGCCCAACACUUAAAAGAAAAUUAGAAGAGUCUGCCUCAUAUGAAUGUUUAUCGCCUUGUACAAGGCCACUGUCUCCUAGUCGAUCCCAAGCACAUUCAGUGUCAAGUCCAUCUUUGACAGAUAUGUCACUGACUUUGCCUUACCAAGGUAGCUGCUGGAGGAAGUCUCCUCACAGUCAGCAAUCUCCUGAAAGCAGAGAGGGAGGAUCUCUCAAUAGACACGACAUUGGCCGAUCCCACUCUGAAAGCCCUUCUAGACUCCCAAUAAACAGGUCUGGCACGUGGAAGCGUGAGAAGAGCAAACAUUCUACCUCUCUCCCGAGAGUGGGUACUUGGAAGAGAACAGGGAGCUCCUCCUCCAUCCUUUCAGCUUCUUCUGAGUCAAGUGAAAAAGCAAAAAGUGAAGAUGAAAGAAUGAUUUUGAGUCCUCAAGCAUCAAAGCCAAGUAAAGAUGGCCACCCUCCUCUAAAAGGAACAUGGAGGAAAAUGAAAGAGGGUGAGACUGCUAAUUCAAUGGCCAGCGAAUCCAAGGAAUCAUCAGAUGAUGCACAUUCAAAGUCAUUUGUCCACCAUAAGGCCCCCGCUGUGUCCAAGGCUGAAGAUGUUUGGGUAAGGAUUGAAGACUGUCCUAUCAACAACCCCCGAUCUGGGAAAUCGCCAACAGGUAACACACCUCCUGUUAUUGACAGUGUGUCUGACAGAGUACCUGUUAUGCUUCCAGGUGCAAAUGAAAUGCAACCUAAGCAAUCCACUGUGAAAGAGAAUGCACUUGCUUGUAUGCUUGGCUCAGAGAGCAAUUUGAAUUUAUUUGGGAGUGAGAGCCAUGAUAAAAAAGGUGCAGAUGUCAAACCUGCAGGCCAUCCAAGGGCAACUUCAGAGGCUUAUGAAAUCCCAGUUGCCGAACGUACGCCCUUCAGCUCCUCAAAUUCAAGCAAGCACAGUUCUCCUAGUGGAGCUGUGGCUGCAAGAGUCACCCCAUUCAAUUACAACCCAAGCCCCAGAAAGAGCAGUGCCGAUGGCACCGCUGCUCGACCAUCUCAGAUCCCAACACCAGUGACCAGCAACACAAAGAAGACAGAUUCCAAAGGAGAGAAUGUUGAGCCCAGCGGGAAUCAAAGUCCCAAACGCCUCUCUGGAUCUUACCUUGUGACCUCUGUUUAAAACAAAGACAAUUAUAGGAUCAGAUCACUACUGUAUACUUUUACUACUACUAUGGACUGUUGUGGAGGAGAGAUAUUAAACCAUGUAAAUAUUCUAGAGGGUUACUACUGUGGAAGCCACAUUUAAGGCACAGAUUCUUUGGUGGUAGAAAUGUGACUGGCACAUUGAGUUGUCAGAGUAAAAUAUGUUUGGAAGGUGUUGUAAGAAUAUUUGUACUGUACAGAUUUUUAUGUAUUAAUUUAAGUCCCUGUAAUUGCUUGGCAAAUACAAAAAUGGAGUUAAAGUGACCUUUUAGGGAUGUACUGUACUAAAUUGUACUAUAGUACUAAAGAAUUUGAGGUAUUGGAAGUUUUUAUUACAUCAUUAGGCCAGUAAAACAAAAUUUUGCUGAAGAUACAGUACAGCAGAAUCCUUCCCAUUCUGUGCUUGCAUGAACUGAUCUGAUGGUUUACUUCCUGGAGUAACAUUUGUUGUCACAUGUGUAUAGGUAGCUGUAGUGUAACGCAUUUACACUGUUUUGUGUGCUCUGAAAAUAAGGAAUUACCUGUAACCUUGAAAAAACUUGGAUAAGAUGUUACCUUGGGAAUAGAAUUUAACAGAAAGUAGACAGAUCAUUGACCAUGCUGUUAACUUGUAUAUUCUGUUGUUUGAGGGACAUGGCUGCUCUUUUAAUAGGACAUUCAUUGUGUCUUAGAAGAACUAAAUGUAUGAGAAAAAUAAGUUAUUACUGUAUGGUUUCGUAUCUGUUUUUAAACCAAAUUUUCCUUUUCCCUCCCUAAUCAUUGUCUUUGUUAA